CACCACCAACAUCAACAAUGACUGUUAAACCACAACUAACAGUUAUGACAAUGUCAAUGAGAAUAAACCAAAAUUUUGACAUCGGUCUCACCAACAAAGCUGAUCCAAAGUACAUAUCGUAUGUAAAAAUCAUUACAUCUGCAAUUGAAAAUAGUUACAUGAAUCUGCCCAACUACAUUAAAGGUUCAAUAAAUGUCUUUGGCUUCAGGUCUGGUAGCAUUAUAGCAGACUACACGAUUAAUGCAAACACCAAUAAUCUGGAUGUUUCAUCAGUAAACACACAGGUUUCUGACCUUCUAGCAGCUCAAGGAAUCCCUUUAGCUCAGGAUGCUUUUGCUGAAAGUGAGGAAAAAAAUCUGACAACCAAAUUUAAGUUUUAUCCUCUGCAAGAUGUGAAGCUGAUGUGUACGCGUCCAAAUUCUGUUGUGGGAACAAUGAAAUGGAGUGUGAAUGACCAAGAUCCGGCAGAAAACAGUGCAAAAUACACCAUUACAAAUGACAAUAGCACUCUUAUUGUGAAAGGAGCAAGUGAAAGUGACAAUGGUAGAUAUUCGUGUAUCAUAGAAAGAUCCACAUUACCCUACAUUCAGUGGCAAACAGUAUCUAUUCAACCACGUCCUAAUAUUGUAGUGGAUAAACCUGAUUUAAAGCUUCAGUGUCAAAACCAGACUGUCCCACUGACAUGCUGUGCAGAUGGUUACUCAGUUGAGUGGUUUGGGAUUCCUGCUGGUGAUGAAGUGGAAAAUUCAGGAUCUGGCUGUAUCACAUUACAAUACAAAAGCACAAAUUGUGGGUCUAAAGAUGACUUUACAUGCCGACUAACGGACAUGCCAGAAUUACAAACAUUUGAUUAUAGCAACAGGACAGUUUACGUUCAGACAGUCAGAGUGUUUGACUGUAUAAAUGACACACUUGGAGUUGGAAAACUAGGUGACAGUGUAACAGGAUUAUGUGAAAAAGGCCAGGAAGGUCUCAUAACUUAUGUAUGUAAACAGACAACAGAUCUCAAAUAUAACUGGACAGAAGUACAGAGAGAUUGUGUUGUUCAAGCUAUCAAAGACCUUGAAAGGAGAUCUGAGGUUUUAUUUGUGGAGGAGAUUCCAGUAUUUAUGUCAAACCUCAGUAACACUGCAGUGCAGAAUAAUACUGUGAUAACACAAUCUGCUGACACUGUCAAAACCAUUGUUGACAUACUUAACACAAUUGCUAGUAUCUCACAAACUAUUACCAUCAGUCAACCUGUGAUGAAGGAUUUUCUUAAAACAGUGAACAUCAUUGUAUCAGAUGCAUCUAAAAACACAUGGGCAGAAUUGAACAAUGACAACAAAACAGAAAACAAAAGCACUGAACUUCUUCAAGCUAUUGAGACUAUAAGUGAUCGGCUCUCAGAUGACACUUUUAUGAUUAAGGAAACCUCCAUUCAAUUGAAUAGAACAAGAAUUGAAAACUCAUUCACUGGAUCAUCUUCACUGCCAAACUCAACUACUCAGAUUGUGAUACCAAAGGUUGAACCGACCCUCAUAACCAUUAUUAUCUUCACAAAGCUUGACAAUGUUUUACCAACUCGAAAUACUUCUAAUAAUGACAAGAAGACAUCAGAAAACCAGAUCAAUGGAGACGUUGUUGUUGUUAAGGUUAAUAAAACAAUUAACAACAUUUCAUUUGCUUUCGAUACUACAAAUACAUCAUUGAAAAAUCCUCAGUGUGUCUUCUGGAACUUUGAUCUCAACCAUUGGGAUUCCACUGGAUGUAAAGUCAAGCGCUCAGGGAAUGAAGAAGUUACAUGUGAAUGCGACCACACAACCUCUUUUUCAAUCCUGAUGUCACCGUUUGCAAUUGAUAGCCCUGCCUUAGCCUAUAUAACAUAUAUUGGUGUAGCUAUUUCAAUAGCCAGCUUGGUUUUAUGUCUCAUUAUUGAGGCGAUCGUAUGGAAGUCAGUGACAGGAAAUGAUACGUCAUACAUGCGUCACGUUUCAAUAGUCAACGUUGCUGUGUCGCUACUGAUCGCAGACAUCUGUUUUAUCAUCGCAGCUGCAAUUGCAAUUCCAGGACAACCUACACCGGUGAAUCCCUGCAGUGCAGUAGUUUUCUUCAUGCACUUUUUUUACCUGGCUGUUUUCUUCUGGAUGUUCAUCACAGCACUUUUGCUGCUUUACCUCACUGUCAUCGUUUUUUCUCACAUGUCAAAGACUAAUAUGAUGGCCAUUGCCUUCACUGUUGGUUAUUGUGCACCUUUGCUUAUAACGGUUAUUACUGUUGCAUCCACAGCUGGACCUAAAAACUAUGUCUCAAAAGAAAAUGCAUGUUGGCUAAACUGGUUUGAAUCUAAGGCCCUGCUGGCAUUUGUGAUUCCAGCUCUGACUAUUGUUGCCUUUAAUCUUGUGGUUUUGAUUGUGGUUGUGUUUAAACUAUUAAGAAGAGGAGGAGUUGGUGUUCAACCAGAUAUGAAUCACACUUUCGUGGUCAUUGCCCGAUGUGUGGCCUUUCUGACUCCUAUCUUUGGUCUAACAUGGGGAUUUGGCAUUGGGACCAUGGUGUCACGUGAAUUUGGCAUUCAUGUGGUGUUUGCAAUCCUCAAUUCACUGCAGGGGUUCUUUGUCUUGGUGUUUGGAACGGUUUUAGACAGAAUGGUCCGUGAGUCGCUAUCAGGAAAGCUGUCAUUAAACAAUAACAGUUCGACUCAUACCAGGAGCACUAGUGCGGAAGCAUUUUCAAGUAGACUGGGUGUCUUCCAAAGGAAGCAUAGGAGAAAUGUGUACAACACGUCUGACCCCAAUGCAGCUUCAUCGUCAAACCGCUAGUGCCUCAAACUCAUAAACAUUCUUCAUUGACUACAUGUUACAAAGCCUUUCAUCUGCUGUGAUCUAGCUCGAACUGAUUUUGCCAAGUGGUUGUUGUUUUCAGGGCAACAUAUUGUGUUGAACCAAGGACAACAUUUUUCUAAAUAAAACCUAAGCCCAUCCCAAACCCCAACCCUAAGCAUAAACAAAACCCUAAAAUCAGAGGGACAUGAUAAGUGAAAACAAUGGUCUAGAAACAGCUAAUCCUGGUUGUAAGCUUAAACAAACUGUAAAAUUUGAUUGGUUGAUUGAAAUGUUGUCACAGGGUCAACAUAAUGUUGCCUUGAGGACAUCAACCACUUGGCAAAAUCAGGAGAGCCCUGUGAUCUAAGUGUCAUCUCCAUACUCUGUAAGCAAGAAACAUCUCAUGGAUGCACUGGGACGCAUCCUCAGUGAUGUAUUUAUGGGAAAUUACCAUAAUUACUGUAAAAUUUGUGUUUCAGUUGGUUGUUGUAAUAUGCAAUGUAUGUGAUGACUGCUAUGGUACAUGUUAAUUUUUAUGAGGAUAAAAAUUCUAUUGCAUGCAUGCUUUUCAGGGUAUAGUUGAGUAUAGCACUGCAUUUACUAUAACAUUUUUAUAAUUUAUAAUUAUAUAUGUUGAAUUAUAUGUACUCCUACUUUAAUCAAUUUUAAUCAUCUUAUCACAAAAUUGUACUUUAACAUACUGACUGAUGUUGCUCUUGGUCAUUUUUUACUGAUUUUAAUGUAAUAAAUGUUAACAAAUGCAUAGUUUAUUCUAAGGGCAUUGCUUAUCUUUUAUUUGACCAUUUUUUUUCAA